CUUACUUUGACUCUAAGACCAGAGACAUUCUCCUCUCCUUUCUAGUGGAAAUGAGCUUUUUUUAAACAUUUGCUCCACAUCCGGGAGAACUGCAGAUUUUACUGAACAGUAAAGAUAACAGGAUCAUCUGACUUCAUCAGCUGAAGAUUUAUGCAGAUCGCUUAAUAACAAGACCCACAGUUAUAUCUUGGCAUCAACUGCACUGGAAUAUGAAUGCUGAUUACAGAUAAUUGAUCCAUGGAAAUGCAUUGAGUAAAAAAUGAACACGCUAAGGGACUCACCAAGAUACGCUCCAGGACACACUGUCUCUAAAAUAAUGGCCAAAGCAGUCCAAAGAUUUAAUGCAAAAAUUGUUUGCCCAGCUCAAAAACUUGCCUAUCGCAAUUAAGAAUUUAUAAAAGACAUUGCCUGCAAUAGAUGAGAGAGUUAUUUUCCUCUAGUAACAAUUAAAGAAAAACACUAAUCUGUUGUUUACCAGUUUUUCACAUCUCAAUCACUCCAUUCCUUCUAACUGCCUCUUCAACUAUGCUUUAUUCUCUCUGAUCCCUGUGUGAACUUCACUAACAUCCCUUACCUCCUAAGGCCAGCUCUUUCAUUCUCUCUAGCCAGGACUCAUGCAAGUUGCCCUAGGAUUGCCUUUGUCACACAUCUGAGUUUCUGUGUGAUCUCUACAAUGAGUUUCCUUGGUAUCUCCUUAUUUUCCUUCCAGCUACGCCUUUCUUCUUCCAUUGCAUCUUGUCAGUCUGGGUUUCUCAAUUGUCUAAUUUUGGGGUUGCUAUCAAAUGUCUCCACUAUUUCUUACUAUCCUACCUACUCCUUCUCCAUCCCACUUGGGCUCAUGCCCACUGCAACUGAGACUUGGAAGAUGGGAAGGAUGGAUAGAACUGAAUGUCGCAUCAGUCACCACUGCUCUAUUAAACAUCUAGAAAUAACAAAGCUGGUUGGCUGACAUGCAACUUACACAUUAGUUGUUUGUACAGAUGCACAUUUUUUCACGAUUAACUAGGCUUAAUUGACAACAUUCUCUUGGUCGUUAAUUUCUAAUUAAUUUCUCCCAAAUGACCCAUCAUGCUCAAACCAUGUCAUGUGUGUUGCCAAAUCAUCCAGACACUAACAUGCAUAUGCAGCCUAAUAUAUAUACACCAUUUCCCAAUGGAUCACUGCUGUAGGCUACAUUUUUUUCCUCCUUAUGUUUAUUACUUGAAGUAGCCAUUUGACUCAAAGCUGAGUAUUCAGACUCUAACAGGAAAGAGUGGUGGAUCCAAGAGGGCUUUCCUCAUUCAAUUUAAAGAUAAUUGCUGACAGAAUCUGUUGGACCUCAGGCAGUGGUACUAACCAGAUGGCACAUCAAAGAGCAGAGAUUUUGUGGGCUCUUUAACUCAGGUUACUGAACAGGAAAAAGUGGAUUGUUCCUUCAUUUCUCAGGACACACACAGCAGCUGUUGACUGCUGUGUCAUCAAGCUGAUGACUGGAUAAUAGAAAACUUUUUUUUAUUAAAAUUAAUUUAAUUAAUCUAGAUUUAUCAAUUGCAGAGAUGGAAUAAUCUUUUCUGAGUCUGAGAAUGAUUUUACUAGCCACUCAUGCACUGAGAGAACUGAGGAAGAGGUGUGCAAGAUCUCUGGUGUGGUAAUAUCAGAUCUAGAAGAUUUACUAAAUGCAAAGCAAGCACAGUAAAGUAUCGAUCACUGCUCCAUACAGUUCAUACAGGUGCUCACAGGAAGAGCCAAAGGCCACAUCUGAAUUGAUAAAUUAUAUGUAUCUGGAAAGCAUAAGCCAGACACAAAUCUGCUCCACACUUUUACACCAGGAUGAAUUUGUUCAGUAGAUAAUUUCUUGGUUUUGGUGUGUUCAUGGUUGGUCAAAUGAGCCCAAUUUUGGGAUGCUAAAACUUGAACGUUCUCCCAACCUGUGGUUGGUCCUGAGAUUUAUAUAUGCACAUGGGUUAACAUGUAACUAGUUACAACUUUUCCAGACCUGUUCUUUUAAGAGAAGUUGUUCUUUAAUUGUUCUUCUAACUUCUCAACCCAUUUCCAUUGCCAUGUGACAUCAGCUCUCCAUCCAAUCCCAAUCCCAAUCCAGCCCAACAACAGCUCUCUCAGAAAGUUAAACCACCAAACACUCUGAGUAAUGUCUGGUUCUCUUUCACCUAGUAAGAUGGAAAUGUUGGCAGAUGAUAAUGCAAGUGAAACCUUGAAGCCUUUGGUGUUCCGUCUCCAUGAAAAUGCCCCUGCAAUAAUCCGUGAGGUUUUACUGGAACGUGGUUGGACUGAAUUUGACCGAAAGGAGCAAGAUGACACAGACUGGAACUUGUACUGGCGGAACUCACCUUUUCCUAUGGCAGACCACCACAGUAUUAAACCAUGGCAGAGACUCAACCACUAUCCAGAAGCUGUCAGGAUCACCAGAAAAGACUAUUUGGCAAGGCAUCUGAAACGUAUGAAAGGAGCAUAUGGAUCAACACUGUAUGAAUUUAGUCCAGUGGCAUUCAUCAUGCCCAAUGACUAUGUCAAAUUUAUAGCAGAAUACAGCAAAGAGAGACAGACAGUAGGCAGACCUAGCUACUGGAUUUGCAAACCUGUGCAUCUCUCACGUGGAAGGGGCAUACUCAUUUUCCAAGACAUUGAAGACUUAGUCUAUCACUGUACAGUCAUUGUGCAGAAGUACAUUAGCAACCCCUUGCUCAUUUCAGGAUAUAAGUUGGAUCUUCGCCUUUAUGUGUGUGUCACCAGUUUUUGCCCACUCACCAUUUACACUUAUGAAGAGGGACUGGUGAGGUUUGCCACUGAGAAGUUUGACCUCAGUUCUCUAGACAAUGUCUACGCCCACCUAACAAACACCAGCAUCAACAAAUACGGAGCUUCAUAUAAAACAUUUAAAGAAGGGAUUGGCUGUGGUUGCAAGUGGACGUUCAGCAAAUUCCGUUCUUACCUUCGAAUUUUUGGGGUUGAUGACAUGCUACUGUGGCAAAAGAUGAAUAACAUUGUGAUUCUCACCUUGCUUGCUGUCACUCCCUUACCAGAGGCUUCCAAUUGCUUUGAACUCUUUGGCUUUGACAUCCUGAUUGAUGACAAGUUCAAGCCAUGGCUUUUAGAAGUGAACUACAAUCCAGCUUUGCGUUUAGACUGCUCCAUUGAUGACACUGUGAAAAGAAAACUUCUUCACGAUAUUGUUGAACUACUUAACUACAAGCAGGUUGACACUCACAGGCAGAAUGAAAGGCCUGGGUCAAAAGCUGUUAGAAGGCAAGUGCACUGGAGAAGAGCUGGUCAAAGCACCCCAGAAGAGGCUCCUGGCUUACUUUCUGGUCAAAAAGUAUCUACUUGUAUUUCUGCUCCUCAAACACAACCUGCGCUGCAAUUUGGAAGAGGAUCAAUUCAUAAGGCGUCUUCUCUGACCAGGAAAAGUGCCAGAGCACAUCCAAGGGAAACACUGACUUCUCAGCUGCGGGAAAAGAUGAAUAAGCCAAAAACAUCCUCUCAAGUAAAAAUUGAAGCUAAAAACAAACAACUCCCAGCUGUACAUCCGCCAUUCAUUUCUUCACAACUCAGCCGGUGGUCACCUUCACCUGAAAUCUGCAACUACAAGUUAAGCACACGCCCCUAUUUCCUCUCUGACAAAGAUCAGAUGCCUACCCGCCAGGUAGGAGGUUUUGUGCUUAUUUUUCCUUUCAAUGAAGCUGCACUUCAAGCUUCCAAGGACAGCACGGAUGUAAAGAGCAUCAUAAAGGAAAUAAGCAAGUUAGUGAGCAAACAAAAUAGCGCAAGACAAAAAAAGACAUGAUCUGUAUAACUUCAUAAUUUAAAGUCAUGCAGACAUCAUGAACGACACCGUUAGCUUGAAGGUAUGUGGGCAGUGCACUGAAGCUGUAUUAGAAGAAAAUAUUUCAAAGCAUACACAAUGUAAAAAUUGUGAUUUAGCAAUUACCAUGAGAGAUUAUUUUUGAAAAUGAAAGUGCUGAAUAACUCUUACAAGUAAUCUCAAAAUAAAAAUGGAGAAUUGCAUUUCUCAGAA